CCAUCUGCACACACAUCGCAGUAGAUAUAUACACGACCCAGAGAAAUGCACAGAAUAGAUGGUUUAAAAUGAGUUUUGUCAGUCAAGGUAAGGUUAUUUAUUGACAUAUAAACGCUCGAGUAAUGGAGAACAUAUGAGAUCCACCCAACCGUCUGACGCCACGUCGCGCAUUCUUCAGCCCGUCCCUCUGCAAAACUCGCUCAUACCGUUACUGGAUCUCAACUUUUUUUUUUUUUUUUUAUUAAACUACAACUUCGGCUGUAGGAAACAAAUGAGCUCUCUGGUUGAGCUGAAACUCUUUCGUAUGCGGAUGGCAUCAUUCGUGCUCACUACACUCUGUCUACAAACUUGUGCGUCUUGGCGUCGGCUGAGACCGAACCGAGUGGACGUCGAGCUCUUUCGGGAUGAAGGAGCUCAGGCUUUCAAACGCAAGCAGCCUCCGCACAUUAUCUUCAUCCUGACAGAUGACCAGGGCUUCAAUGACAUCGGGUAUCACAGCACGGACAUUCGCAGCCCGACGCUUGAUAAACUGGCUUCAGAGGGCGUGAGGCUGGAGAAUUAUUAUGUGCAGCCGCUGUGCACCCCGUCCCGCAGCCAGCUCAUCACGGGCAGAUAUCAAAUCCACACUGGCCUACAGCACUCGAUCAUCAGACCACGUCAGCCCAGCUGCCUGCCUGUGGAUAUGGUCACACUUCCUCAACGCUUGCAGGAAGCUGGUUACUCCACACACAUGGUGGGGAAGUGGCAUCUGGGAUUCUACCGGAAAAACUGUUUGCCCACACGUCGUGGAUUCCACACUUUCUUUGGUUCAUUGACUGGCAGUGUGGACUAUUAUACAUAUGGCUCUUGUGAUGGCAAGGCUUUGUGUGGCUUUGACCUCCAUGAAGGUGAGUCUGUGGCAUGGGGCAGAGGGGGCAAGUACUCAACUCACCUCUACACCCAGAGAGUUCGCAAAAUCCUAGCGACACAUGACUCAAGCAGCAAGCCUCUCUUUAUCUUCCUUGCCCUUCAGGCGGUGCAUACACCUCUAAAGCCUCCCAAAGAGUACAUCUAUCCAUAUCGGCGUAUGGGCAAUGUUCCCCGCAGGAAAUAUGCAGCCAUGGUUUCUAUUGUUGACGAGGCAGUCCGGAAUAUUACUUAUGCGCUACGCAAGUAUGGCUUCUACCGUAAUAGUGUUGUCAUCUUCUCCACUGACAAUGGAGCCCAGCCACUCACAGGAGGCAGUAACUGGCCCCUGCGAGGGUGCAAGGGAACAUAUUGGGAAGGUGGUGUUAGAGGAGUGGCUUUUGUGCACAGUCCCUUGAUACGCCAUAGGAGAAGAGUCAGCAGAGCCCUUAUACACAUUUCAGACUGGUACCCAACCCUGCUUGGCCUUGCUGGGAGCAAUAUGUCCCAGGAUCAGGAAUUAGAUGGCUUUGAUGUUUGGCCAACCAUUAGUGAAGGGAAAGAAUCUCCACGUUUUGAAAUUCUUCACAACAUUGAUCCUCUCCACCGGCGUAGCCAGGGUUCGAUAAAGGAAGGCCAUGGACUGUGGGACACGAACGUGCAAGCGGCCAUCAGAGUGGGUGACUGGAAGCUCUUGACUGGUGAUCCUGGUCAUGGCGAUUGGAUACCACCUCACGUCCUUACAAAUUUUCCUAGCAGCUGGUGGAACCUGGAGAGACAGUCUGGAGACAAACGAAAAUCUAUCUGGCUCUACAAUAUCACAGGCGACCCUUGUGAAAGGCAUGAUCUUGCUGGACAAAGGCCUGACAUUGUUAAGGAGCUCCUAGCACGUCUAGCGUUCUACAAUCGCACAGCGAUACCUGUCCGCUACCCACCAGAUGAUGCUCGCGCUGACCCCAAUUUGAAUGGGGGAGCGUGGGGACCUUGGGUAGGUGAUGAAGAAGAGGAGGAAAACUGGGAUGGAAUUUAUUACAAGAGGGGAAAGAAUCGCAAAAGGAAGAAAUGUAGGCUCUGCAAAAUACACUCUUUCUUCAAGAAGUUCAAUUUAAAGAUCAUGUCAAACCAGAUUGCAGGGGCAGACUGGCCAUAGGGAGAACCGGACUUUUCCCAGUGGACCGGCCGCGAAAAAGGGCCGAACGGGCAUUGAUAAGCUGAAACGGGCUGCUGCGUUAAGCCGAACAGGCCGCGACUGGCUGAAGAGGGCCGCAAAACGGCGCCGCAAUAUGCAGAAAUGGACAGCAACAACAUUUCAAAAUUAUUUGGCAUUAACUAAGUGUACCUAGACUGUGGGGACUUAAUAUUAUAAUUAUAUAGAACAAUGUAAAGUCAUCAACCCUGUUCCUACAUGCUGUAUGUUAUAAAACAUGGCAAAGCUUUUAACCCUUGUGUGCUGUUCGGGUCUUUUUGGACCCGUUUUGAGUUUUUUUUCUUUAAUAAAAAAUGGUAUCCUUUA